GAGAAGACGAGCUUCGAGCAUCCGACAAGCAUUGAUAGUACCACCAGACAAGAUAUAGGAUGGCCGACCUGAUCAAGGGCCUCUUUGGAGGCGCAAAGCCAUCUCCGGUCAAUGCUGGACCCCUUGCAGAUUCAGACUUUGCCGACUUCGCAGAUGCACCUUCUCCCAAGCCGGCAUCUCUGUCGACAACUCUGACCUCUCCGCCUGCAUACCAGACAUUUGGCGCAAAGAUCGACAUCUCGGAUCGACCCUUCACAAAGUGGUACAAUGUGCAUGAGCGCGUGACCUGGAGUGACUUCAAGCUCGAGGCCUUCGUUAUCCCCUUCCUGCUGCUCACCGUCUUCAUCCACUUCUGGGGAGUUCGCGCAAACCGCCGUCGCGCAAAUGCUUGGAUCCGCAGCCACGUCAACAUCCUUGAGAACGAAUUCACCCACGUUGGCUUUGGCAAGAAGAUCGACCCCGCCACUGUUUCUCCUGAGCUUGCCAUGUCCGCUGGCGACAAGAUCAAUCCCGAGAUCCUGCGUGAAAAGACAAAGGAUGUCUACCUGAGCUACGCUACUGGUCGCCAGAACAUUGCCCACGUUGACGUGAAGCUCAGCCUGCUGAAGCGCUACAACCCCUUUGCCAUGAUCACUGAACUCGGUCUCGGUUUCUUCUUCGAGAGCAUGGCUGGCACUGGCGAGAAGGUCGAGAUCACCGCCACCACUUUUGACGGCAAAGAAGGCCAGCUUGUCCUUCGUGCUCGUGGUGAGGAAGAGAAGCGUCACAAGGACACCAGCUACGACGGCUUCAUAUUCGCUGUUGUCAACAAGGAUGCCAUGAGAAAGGUGCGCGAGGAGCGUUACGACGUCUCCUUGACCACCACAAAGGACCACGCCAAGCUGCCUCAGUGGGUCAGUGUCAUGAGCGAGAGCGCAGAGGUCACAGAGACCAUCUUGACUCAGGAGCUGGCAAGCGCCAUCAAGGAGUGCGGCGACGAUUUCGAGUCUCUCAUCAUCACAGACUUGCCCGUUGAUGCUCCCAAGACUCUCGACGAUCUGGUUCCCAAGAAGCGCCUUGUGCUUACCAUGAAGCUCAACUCGGAGACCAACUCGACUCCUCUCUUCUCCUACUUCCUCCGCAUCCCCGAUCAGCUCGUUACUAGCGCCCACUUCCGUCCUGAGGUCAUGCGCCGUAUCCGCCAAACUCGUGAAGAGGAGGCCAAGAAAGUUCGCAAGAUUGUCGAAGCAGAGGGUGCCGAAGACAGAAAAAUCCUCAGCGACAAGACCAAGAAGGAACAGCGCGAGCGCAAGCUCAAGGGCAUGAGCGCUGAUGAGCAGAAGCGCUUCCUCGAGAGAGAAAGAGAGAAGGAGCAGAGGAAGAGAUCCGGAAAGCAGACCAUGAGAGCCUAGAAGCCUAUCUAUUGAAUGGGCUACUUUCAUUCACCGCCAAGCGUCUGUCUUUGAAGAAACGGAGAAGGACAGUCCAUCGUUCUUGUACAUUAUUGCAUCACAAAAAUACCGUAUAGAAGCGA